GCGUCGAGUUAGUUGCCUGUGAGUAGUUGUGAGGUGUGGUUGGUGUCGCUCUCUGUGGGAUUGACUUUGUCGUAACUUAUUUUCCUCUCCGACAAUGCCUUGUUCGGCCAUUACUCUAUCUUUGGCCACGAUAUGUGCCGUUGUGUCGGUGGCGCUGUUGGCCAUCGCUUUCGGCACUGAUAACUGGCAGUAUAUCAAAGUGGACCGCAUUGAUAUUGAGAAGGCCCUGUCGCGGUCGGACAUCUCGCCCACCGAGUUCGAGAACAGCGGCUUCUACAGGACCCGCACCAAAGGCCUGUUCCGUGUGUGCUACCCCGAGAGCAAGCCCAAAGGAGAGGAACUCUACUUGUCUCCGGUCGAGACUUACUGCCAGAACAUCGACUAUCACAUCUUCAACGAGGAGAGCGACACAUCAGUGUUCACGGACGAUGAGAUGGUUCGACUCCACAUGGCUCGCUCGAUGAUCGCCCUGUUCAUCGUGUCGUUCUUCUUCGUGUUCGUGGCCUUCUGGACGGGCGUCGUCGGCUGCUGGAGGAGGUCGCCCGGGAACAUCGCCUUCACCGCCAUCCUCAUGCUCUUGGCCUGUCUGUUCUCCGCUGGCGGCAUGGGACUGUGGCACGGAGUUGAGUACUACGAGGAGGAGAAGCUCAAGACCGAGCCAUGGAAGGCAUCUUGGGAUCAGCUCCUGAGAGACAACACUGCCGUCAUGUACGAUUGGUCCUACUUCAUUGCCUGGAUUGGAGUUGGCUGGGCACUCAUCUCCGCCUUGCUGUUCUCGGGCGCGUCCGUUUGUCUGCGUAGUGAGAGGGAGCGUGAGGAUGCAAAGAACAUGGCCUACCUCAUGCCUGUGUAUCCCCAGAAGCAACAGUACCCUUCAUACGGCUACGGUUACCCCGGCCCCUACCACUUCGGAUCGCAGUACGGCCCUUACAACAACUACUAGACCCUGGACGACGACUGGACGAGGAUCAUCACAGUUGCUACUGUGUAGACACCAUUGGUAGAAUUCCCUGGUGAAAAGCUCAUGUGGAGUUUUACUUUCAUUGAUGUAUCUGCUGUUUAGAAGUUUUGUGAUUUCUUGCAGAUGAUAUGCUUCUGUCAGCAUUUAUUUACCUGUAGUUUAUCAGGUAUGAGAAAAUGUCUGACCUAAGGGUUGAAAGCAUACUGACUGGUGAGGCAGACAUGCUUGUUGUUAGCAUAGUCUAGUAUGCUGUUAAAUAUCUUUCCAACUCUUAAAAUGACUGCUUGUAAAUAAGACCAAAGCAAAAAAAAAAAAAAAAAAGAUGAAGCAGUCAACAUACAUAAAUCCUUUUAUCGGAGAAAAAAAGUCGAUACGUUGUGUAUUAUUACAGGUUUUGAUAAAGAUUUGCUGUCUGCCAUUUGCUUUGAAUGUUUUUUAGUAAUGACAUUUUGUCAUGAGAAUGACAAGGAAGAUCUUACAUUACUUAAAGCAAAUAUAAUAUAAUAUAUAUCAGAAGGAAAAUCAGAGCAUUGAAUACAGAAUUUGACAUUGUAAAAGAUGGCCAUGGAAUUUUUAUAAAGACAGUUCACAUGAAGGAAGGGAACUUGAGGCCUUUGAUAUAAAAUGUUAGGUCAAGAAAUUUAUAUUGGUAAUAGGUCGCCCAAUGAUUAAGUUAUGGAACAAAAAAAAAUAAAAAAGAGGAAUAAUAUUGUUUUCAGAAUCCAUAUGUAAUGAACUUUAUCGUGAUAGAAUAAGUGAAUUAAGCAUAGUUGACAAAUUGCUCUCUUGUAAGGAACCGCAAGCUGAUAAAAAUAUGUAGAUUAAUUUUUUAGCAAUUGUUAUGGAAGCCAAUGUUCAAUUUUAUACCUUCAAUUGACCUAUCUGGGUCUUGCUCUGCUUGCAACUCCAAGGCAAGAAAUAGUAUUUUUUAUCAUAUCGCUCAAAGAUUUGUUUUUUUUAUAACAAUAUUUUGUAUACAGACAGUGAGUGGCUCACGCCCAAGAAAUAAUGUUUGUUUCAUACUGGUUGUACUUUUUUAUAGACCUUGGUUUGUAAAUACUACAUUACUCUUUAUAGUUAGUACCGUUAUUUAUUAGGGUCCUCUCUACUAACCUAGCCCUUAUGAUUUUCCUUUCCCUUUUUUACAUGGAUGUAAGACUUCAUUGUUCAUACGUUUUAUAUGUUUAUAAGCAUACAAGUGAUUAAAAGAUAUGUAAAAUAAUUCUUUUAGAUUUUGUUCAUAUUUUUGAACAUAGUAAGUUUCACUUGAACUAUUUGCUCAGAGAAGAAACCAAGUUGAACUCUCAAGUGAUAUUUAUAUUUUUUCUUCUUUGUAAGUGUAUUGUUUUUAAUGCAGGAGUUACUUGUAUAAUGUAUAGACUUGUUAUCAAGCAAUAUCACUUCGAAUUGUCAAUUUACUCUCCUUGGAAUAUGCGUGUGUGUGGCGUUGCCCAAGGAGUGUGUGUUUCUUUGGCCAGAGUGAUCACUGUUGUACUUGUGAAAUAAUGUGAAUCGAUUUUUGUUUAAUUUGUGAAGGUCAUAAAAACAAUUAUAAUUAGUUACUGUAAUCCUUAUGAAUACCUAGAUGAAAAUUAUAUUGGUUUAAAGAUAAUCAGUAACCACAAGAGCAGGUGAUUCCCAUGCCAGCCUGAGUAAAUGGAGAACAUCCCUGUACACACGCAAAUAAACUUUUGUAUACAA